CUCGACGCUCUUUUUCUUUUUCUCUACAUUCGUUAUAUCACAUUACACUCCUUGGAGCAUACUACUACAACAUUUCUGUAUCUAUUCGAUAUAUCACUCGUUUCAAUCCAGUCAUUCUAGUUCAGAGGUUACUAUAUUGUUGGACAACACCAUGAAGUACACGGUGGUGAACCUCCUGGCCCUUUCGGCCUCAGUGUCGGCAUGGCUUCCAUCCGAACGCAAUCUUUUCGGCGAGCAACCCAACUCCGUAGUGAGCAACCUCCCGGCAGGCCAAGGCCGCACUGUCAAACGAUUCAAUCCAAGCUUCAAUAAGAUCCGUGGUGUAAACCUCGGCUCCCUCUUCAUCAUCGAACCAUGGAUGGCCAGCAGCGAAUGGAGCAGCAUGGGCUGUGGCGACAGCAAGUCUGAAUUCGACUGCAUGAGCAAACUCGGCAAAGAAAAGGGCAACGCUGCUUUCCAGAAGCACUGGGACUCGUGGAUCACCGAGGAGGACAUGGACAAGAUGAAGGAGUGGGGACUCAACACGGUCCGCGUCCCCGUCGGAUACUGGAUGGUGGAAGAAACCAUCGACAAAGCCAGCGAGCCCUUUGCUACAGGCAGUCUGGCCAAGAUGGACCGCCUGGCUGAGCGUGCCGCGCAACGGAACAUGUACGUGAUCCUGGACCUUCAUGGCGCCCCUGGAGCCCAGGAACACAACCAGCCCUUCACCGGCCAGUACGCUCCCUCGGCCGGCUUCUUCAACACAUACAACUACGAGCGUGCAUACAAGUUCCUCGAGGUAAUGACGGAGCGCAUCCACAAGAACAAAGCCUACCGUACAACAGGUAUGCUGCAAGUCGUCAACGAGCCGGAACGCAACCAGCCCAGCCUCGUCACCGAGUUCUACAACAACGCAUACAAUAAGAUCCGAAACGUCGAGAAGAAGAUCGGCGUCACGGCGCAGGACAAGCAGCUCACGAUCCAAUUCAUGGAUAAAGCGUGGGGAGCGGGCAACCCCAAGGACGUACUCCAGGGGAAGUCGGGCGUGGCAUUCGACGACCACCGCUACCUCAAGUGGGCCAACAUCGAGCACUCCAAAUCAAACUACAUCAAGACAUCGUGCAGUGACUCGUUCGGCGACGGCGGCAACAAGCCCGUCAUCAUCGGCGAGUGGAGCAUCGCUGCCGCCGACAACCUCGAGAGCACGCCCGAGUGGGCGCCGGCCAACAACAAGGACUUUUACAGGCAGUGGUGGGCCGCGCAGGUACAGGCGUACGAGCGCGAGAUGGGGUGGGUGUUUUGGAGCUGGAAGGCGCAGCUGGGCGACGAUUAUCGCUGGUGCUAUAGGUGUGCGGUUGAAGCUGGCGUUAUUCCCAAGGAUCCCAGCCAGGCUGCUGGUCUGGCCAAGUGCUAG